AACACUGUUUAUUAUUGAGAUUUGGUAAAUUUUUCUGUAUUGCGUUUUUUUUUGCUUUGCUGGUGAAAAUUAGUGAUCAUUCCUCGCUGCUGUUACAUCCAGAAAAUAGUAAAUAUUAUUAUUAAAAGUUGUAGUUGUGUAAACUUAAAUCUCAGAGUAACAUUUAUGUGAAUGUGGAUUUAUCUGCGUUUUUUAUUUCAUCAGUGCACUAGUAUACAAUUAGCUGAAGUUAAGUGGUUACUCAGUAAAUAGCAGCACGCCAAUACGGGUUUUCGAUGCUAAGGAUCCGCAUCAAAAUGGGUCCACAACAGCGUUAUAAGGAAUGGACGUGCUGCUUUGGUUUGCAUGUCCACACAGCCACCAUUAUGAUUGGCCUCUGGCAUUUGUUUCUAAAUAUAUUAGCACUCAGUCUACUUGCUAUUAUAUGGCGCAAUCCGACCAUGAUGGAGGAGCUCGAGAGUGGCUACGAUUAUACUGUGGAUUUGAGCGCACCGCCAUUACCAACACCACUAAGCAAGGUGGAUCCUCCAUACCCAUAUCGGGAUCAUUCGCUAAGCUAUCGCAAGCAGUACCAUAACUUUGAUAUGGGCGGCUUGGUUUGUACCUGCAUGAUUGCUAUUACGAUGAUGAUGAUUUAUGGUACUCUAAAGGGUAAACCCUCACAUCUUUUGCCAUUUUUCUGCCUACAACUGUUUGAUUUUGCCAUAACCACUCUAACCGCUGCCGGCUACAUCUGUUACCUUCAAGCCAUACACCGUCUAAUUGCCGAAUCCCAUCGCUUGCCAUGGCGUGAGAAAUUGCUUGAAAUGUCGCAAGAAGAACUAAUGGUCAUCGUGUUGGUGGUUUUCUUUUGCAUUGUAUUUUUGAAAGCCUAUGCCAUUGGUAUAGUUUGGCGUUGCUAUAAAUAUCUUACGCUACGACAACAAGAUCUACGCACCUUGCUACCGUGUGUUUUACCGGAAUUAGGUGGUGCCGGUUUGACGGGCGAAGAACGCGCCUAUACCACACUUUUGCCAAAUUAUGAUGAGGCCAUUGCACAAUAUAUGAAGCAGGCGCCACCGCCAUCCUAUCAGGUAGCCAUGUCAAAUUAUCAAGGCGUCGAUGCUCAGGUAAAUAAUGCUAAUAAUGCACCGGAUACCGUCGGUGCAGCAGUGGUCACCAUUGACGACACGUUGGAUAAUAAUAAUGAUUCACCGAAUAACAACAACACAGUUCACGUAAAUGCCAAUGCAUCGCCAAUGCGGCUUAAUGAGGCUGUCACUGAGGAUACUGAGUUGGAAAGUGUUGAUGCUGUUACUGCUCCGCCCGCUGCAGAUGUUGCCGGAACUGGGCAAUUGACACCACCACCAUCCUACUUAGACGCUGCUACUGGUAUUUCCAGUCCAUCUGCAGAAAAAGUCUUUGUGCCAGCUCAAGCUAUACAUCGUCAAGCAGACAAUAGAAAUGAGAGUCAGGCUUAAAGUAGUGAUGGCUUGUGUUGGGUAGUGCAAGUGUGGAUAGUUGUCAAGUGUCGUUGAGUGCAGUAGAGCGUGAUUUUGGUUUCCCAAAAAUAACAACUGAUGAAAGUUUCGUUAGAAUGAGCACUUUAUUUAACGAUAAACUGGUUUUGAAUAGUAAUUCUGAGAUCAACUGUCACAAGGGACAUGGGUACUGAAGUUGAUUUUGUUAAAACUAAACGCACGACUAAUGCAGUGGAAUUUUCGUAAAUAAUUUUUCAAGUUUACGUUUAUUGACAGGGAAGGUUGUUUAUUUAAAAUUUGAAAUAUAUAUAUAUUUUUUAAAUAAAUUUAAAGGAAUAUUAAGUCGAUCCCUAAAAGUCACCUGAAAAUGCUAAAAAACAGUUUAAAAAUUUAUAAAAUAAUAAAAUUGUCAUCAUUUUCGCUCUGAAUGUACUCUCAAUAUCAUUAUACAAUGCUACACAAACAGAAAUGAGUAAAAUUAUAAAUACAAAUAUGUAUGAAUGAUAAAUGGUGUUUAAAGUGAAAGGAAAUUUAAGAAAAACAAUGUUUUUAAAAUGGUAGCGUACCGAAUAAAAUUAAAAUUUAUACAGAACUACUUAACCAAAAAAAAAAGUGGUGCAACAGUAGAAACUUGAUAUGCAUGCAGUACAAAUAUAUGCAUAUUUGAAGAAAAAAUUCAUAAUCAUUUGAAAUAAAAUGUCUAAAGGCCGAGCGAAGGCGGACAUAUAGGCCGCAAAUAUUGGCGUUCUUAAUAUGUAAACAAAAAACUAGCGAAGUCGAAUAUUAAAAGUAGCGUUAAUAUGUCCAACAAAACCAAAAAACAAAAACAAGAAAACGAUACAAAAUUGAUUUAAUUUUAUGAGUUGCACCUACUUAUCUAUCGCACAAUUAAUAAAUAAUCGAUUCUUAUAGUUAUCAUGUUGUUGACAUUUUUGAGCGAUUAACAACAUUAUUAUCCGUUUCUAUACAUAUUUGCAUACAAACAAGCAUGCUCGCAUUUGAAUGCUCAUGUACUACACUUACAUACAUACAUACAUAUAUACUACCUUUGUCAAUUAA